UAAAAUUAAAAGACUAUCUGUGUGGUACAAGACAUACCCCCAAAAGUGCAGGGUCAUCGGUAGUGUCAUUUAAAGCUUUCUGCACGACAGCAUCUCAUGCCUUCCUGCAUUCAAAAGAAAACUUUUGCUAGGGUACCCCUGUCACAGCAAUACCACAUGGUCUGAUCAAGCUAGGCACGUAUUCUAGUUUUUUUGCUCUGUGACUGAUUCAUUUUCUAAUCACGUUUUAGUCAUUUUCAGCUCUAAUUUCCAAACUUUCUGCUGCAUCUAAAUUUUACUUAAAGGACACCAAUAUAAAACACCACUACUCACUGCAGCCCUCUUUGUCGCUAUCUGGUUUCUUCUGGGUUUCACAGUUGAGAAGAAACCGAAGCAUAAAUUGUUUUGUCCUGCUCAUAACAAAGUCACACUUGUUUCAGAGAAGAUCAAGGUUAGAAGUACUGAAAACUGAGUGACUCUUUUGGUGAAGAUUCUCUAAAGAAUCUACAAUAAGGUCACAUCAUGUUCAAGUCAUGGAGGAACGUAAAGAAAAAGAUCAAAGCUACAUUCAAACUGCAAUUUCAGGCAACUCAGGUGCCACGCCAAAAGAAACCUGCCUUGAUAAUAUCCUUGGUGCCAGAGGAUGUUGGAAAGACAACAUUCAAACUAGAGAAAGCUGCAGUUCAGGAUGGAAUCUGUUCAUGGGACAAUCCAGUUUAUGUGACAGUGAUACUCAUCAAGGAGCCAAAAUCAGGAAAGCUGCAUGAGAAAAUAUACCAUUUCAUUGUUUCAAGUGGGUCAUCCAAAUCAGGUUAUCUGGGAGAAGCUUCGAUUGACUUUGCAGAUUUUGCUGAUGAAACUGAACCGUUGUCUGUCUCCCUGCCCCUUAAAUUUGCCAACUCUGGUGCAGUUCUACAUGUGACCAUUCAGAAGAUGCAUGGAGAUUUUGAUCCAAGAAAAAUUGAAGACAAUGAAGAUCCCAUACUUUCUAAAGACAGAAACUUGAAGAACCAGCUGAGCAAUGGCUACACAGACAAAAACGAUGGAAGUUUUAAUGAAGACCAGGACUCGGACAUUGUUUUAUCUGAACAAGACAGCAGCUUCAGAACUUCCAUUGGUGGAAAUUCUAGCUUCAAAUCAACACUCAGACAAGAUUCAAUGCCUCCAAAGGGAGCAGUUGAUGCUAUCACACCGAAAACCACUUGCAUUGUAGGACAAGCACUGAUUGAGAACCUUCCAAGAGAAUUACAAGAAACCUCAGAUGAAUCCAUUGAAAAACUGAAAACUGAAUUAUCUAAUCUAAUGAGGCAGUCAGAAUUAUCAGAACUGGAAUUACAGACUCUUCGGAGACAGAUGACAAAGGAGAGCAGAAGGGGGCAGGAUUUGUCAAGACAUGUUAAGGAACUUGAAGAGGAGAGAGAUGCACUCAAAACAGAAUGUGAACAACUCAAGCGCUCAAAUGAAGGAGAAUCCCUGAAUCAAUUGCGAGCUGAGAAUGAGGAUUCUAGGGUUCAGCUAGAAGAAGUCAGGCGAGAACUUAGUCAUCAAAAGGAAUUGAACACCAAUCUUAAGUCGCAACUCCAGAAAACACAAGAUUCAAAUGCUGAGUUGAUUCUUGCUGUGGGAGACCUUGAUGAAAUGCUGGAUCGAAAAAAUGUGGAAAUAUCUUCUCUGUCUAGCAAGCUUGAUGAGGUUCAGGAGAAAAAUUGCAAAUGCAGCAAGAAAGAGGACACAGACCAACAAGCAGUGCUUGCACUGGAAGAAAAUACUAGGGAAGAUAAUGAAUUAUGUCUACUGAAGCAAAGGGUGAUAGACCUAUCUGAUGAACUUGAUGUCUACAGGGAAACUAGAGAAAAGCUGGAGAAUUAUAUCGAACAACUCACACAAGACUCUGAAGAUCUAAAGAGAGAAAACCAUGAUAUCUCUUCCAAGUUAGAGCAGGGCAAGCUACAAGAACACAAAACCUCAGAAUGUUCAGCUACUAUUAAAGAACUUGAAUCACAGGUACAAAGAUUAGAGGAAAAAUUGAAGAUGCAAACGAAAGAAUUAUCAGAAUCUUUGCUUUUCAUCAACGAACUGGAAAGUCAGGUCAAAGGGUUGGAGAAAGAACGGGAAAAACAGGCACAAGGAUACGAAAAUGACCUCGAUGCCAUGACACAUGCCAGAGUUGAGCAGGAACAGAGAGCUAUCCGUGCAGAAGAGGCCUUGAGGAAGACAAAGUGGAAAAAUGCUGCUACAGCAGAGCAGCUACAGGAGGAAUUCAGAAAACUUUCAGUGGAAAUGGCAGGAAAGUUCGAUGAGAAUGAGAAGCUGACAAUGGAAUCAGUAGUUGAAGCAAACGAGCUCCGAAUACAGAAUAGAGUUCUAGAAGAGAAUCUUAAGAAAUCUAACGAAGAGCUUGCAAUGAUGACAGACCAGAACAGAGUAAAAAUCGAAGAAUUGUCAAUGCAACUAGAUUUGAAAACAAAACAUAUGGAGCAGAUGUCAGUGGAACUAGAAGAUGCUUCCAACAAACUGAAGCAUGGAGGAGAAAUGCAAGAGGCUUUUCUAGCAGAUGUUCGAAUGCUGAAAAGUGAGAUAGAGACCCUAAAAAAAGAGAAGAAUGACAUCUCUGAAGUGGAAAAAGAAGUGAAAUUAAGAGAUGAAACUGAAAAAUUGAAGACAUCGUCUGAAGAAACAAAGAUACAAACAGAAAUACAAAAAAGUGAAAGAGAUGAAAUAGAAGAAAUAUUUGCAUUGACAAAGAACGAGGCAGAAAACACGAGGCAAGAAUUAUUCAAUUUGAAGUCCUUAAAGGAUGAAAAGGAGGCAAUGAUCAAGAACCUUUCAUUGGAACUUCAAAGCCUCAGAGAUCUGCAGAUUGAGCUAAAAAAUAGCCUGUCCGCAGAAGAACAGGAGAAAGAAAAACUUCAGCAACAAGUACUCGAAUUAAAAGGUAAGCUGCAGAAGAAGGAACAGGAAAAUACUAGUUUCAUGAAGAAACUCACAUUUUCAGAUGAAAAGAACUCAGUGCCAAUGGAUGGCAGAAUGCAGAUCAAAUGUGCUGCAACUAAUACUGCAAAUGUCAAUGACUUCCAAAAAAGAAAUAUUGGGGAAGACUUGCUGAAUUCUGAGAUGCACACUGCAGGAUGCAAGGGUAUUGAAAGAGAAGCAAAAACUUGCUCGAAGGAAGAACUGAGAGUUGGCACUUUCCACUCAAUGGAUGAGGGUUACCUGAUUGAACUGUUGACAGAAAUGGCACAGCUAAAAGAAAGGAACAAAUGUAUGGAAACUGAGUUAAAAGAAAUGCAAGAGAGAUAUUUAGAGAUAAGCCUCAAACUUGCAGAAGUAGUAGGUGAAAGGCAACAGCUUGUCAUGACUGUACGCAACCUCAAGAAUGGUAAGAGGCACUAGCAUUCUAGCUCUCUAAGAUAUCGGAUGUCAGACACAGCAAUGAAGCAUUGGUAAUGCAGCUGCUAAAGCAAGCCUCUGAUGAGCAAGAUUGUUGCUUGACUAUUCUUUAUGCAUAUUGUAAAUGGAAGUCUAGGGAUGCUCGAGAAGCAGGUCCAGAGUUCAGAAAGGAAUAGAUGUUUCCUUAAAAAUAUAGUAAUUGCACACUCCUUUGCUUUAUACAGAUUUUGUGUAUUCCUUAUUUGUGAUGUUCAUGUAGCUAAUCUAGUUGAAGUAUUGGUGCCUAACCUGAAUUGUGGCUGUAUUGCA